AUGCGACGUUUUGUCGUCGAGGAUUCGGGCGUUCCGUGUGGUCGGCUGGACUCUGGAGCUUUAUUAUUUCCAUUUCGUUUGCCGAAGAAUCGUUAGUGGCACCGGAUGACGUUCUGUUCUGUAGUACAACUCGCUAGUACGAGUACCGUAAUAUCCUUACGAUUGGCGAGCGUCGAGCGUAUAAAUGUGUUACACGGAGCUCUCAUACGGCUCCCGUAUUAUAGGUUCAGGCUUUUUUUUUUUCCCUCCACGGUCGAGACGGCAGAGUUAUUAUUGUUUUCGUACUGAACAAUAGAAAAAGUCGGAAGAAAAAAUUAGGUUUGUAAAUUGCCGUCAUCGAACGGACGGACGAAUCAACGACCUCCUCAUACAAUAGCUGACGAACGGUGGCAUUGGGCCGUGACGUCAGCAGCUCCUGCGGCGGCGGUAGCGAAGCGCGGCGCGACGGCGGCUGCGGAGACCGUAAAAUCGUUAGGUGGGGGACCGCCGACCGACCGACACGCGCACUUCCUCCCAUUUCCCAACCCAUUCCACCACCCGUCGACGGGCUAACCACCACGUCCGCCGUCGCGCCGCCGCCGCUUCGCAGCCCGUAGCAGCAGCAGCGCGCAGUCACAAUUCGCUUUAGUCGUUCGGUGAUGUGGUUGUUUGAAACCGCGGCCUGUUAACGGGAAAUUCGUCCGUAUUGGUAUGUGUACAGUUGUUGGAAGUUUUUCCGUUGAUUUAACGACGUCUACUUCCAUGGUCAUUCAUCGAGCACUGCAGGUAAGCGCGCAAUGCCGUCGUGUUUAUUGAGGUUUUUCCCCCCCGUGUACCUACCCACGUAUAUAACGCUCGGUUACCGACCUUUUGCCGAAAUGAAAUCGGCCGUCAGUCGUACGUACUUACAUACGUGCACUUUCGGUUUUUUUUUUUUUUUUAUUUGCGAGGCACGUUCCGGAUUCGACGGAACUACGGAAGCGGUAUAAGUACGAUAUUCGCGAACGUGACUGAAUUCGCGUAGGUACUCGCGAUUCGCGAGGUGCCGUCGGCGACGUUGUCGUCGUUUUAUUAUUAUUAUUAUUUUUUUUUUUUUUUCCCCCGACGCGCGCGUCACGAUAUUGCUCAAUGCCAUAAUGGCGUUUGGCCAUAAAUAGAGGGACGGGCUCGACCGUCGAGAGGCGAGUAAUGUCGAACCAUCGGUUUGACAGGAGGAGAGGAAGGGCCCGAGAUGGCCCGUCGCGGCGUACCGUUGACCACGACCUCAGUCUUGGUGACGAGAGCCGCCAGCGCUGCGUUGUAUUAGAAUAAUUGUCGCAUCGUUUGAUUGCCCAUUUCCAUAGGGUCCGUCUGGCGCGGUGCGUGCAUCACCGUCUAUUCAACACGCGCCGUUAUUCCGUAUACCGUGACUUCUGGCAAGUAUAAUACCCGGCGAACGUUGGAUAGGUACGGCUGUGAUGUGAUACUCGUAUGUACGGCUAUUGCUCGUCGUUUGCCCGGUCAUAGAGUGUGCCUUACGCACUGUGUUUCGUGUUUAAUACUUCGAGAUCGACGUACUCCGUGCGGUUUUUUUUGCUUUUCGCUCCUCGAUUUAUAAUAUCUUUUUUUCAUCGGUUUUCAAUAUCCACUUUUCCAUUACGCGAAAUGUCCUUUAGAAAAAUGCCUAAUAAUGCACCCACUCGGUUCGUGUCGUGUAAUAAUUCGUCAACUCACUUGUUAGGUACCUGUACACUGUUUGUCCGAAUAAUAAUCCGAAAAAAUUAAUCGGUGCGAGAUUGUCGACGACUGCUCAAUAAUGUGAAAACACACGAUAAUAUGCGUUUGCGCGUGUAAUUAAUUUAUUGUUGGGAAACGAUUGCUGGGUAUAUAUGGGUAGGUGAAUUAUUAAGUAUAUCGAGUAUCUUUACUAUCUCUAUUCAAACGCAUUCAAAUUAUAAAUCAAUUUUAUUGCGGAUAAUGGAUGUGGAAUAUCGAAUAGGUGCCUAUUAUUGAUAAAGCCGUGACUCACGGGAAUGAUAAGAUUAUGAAACGUUACCUAAUUUGGUUUGUAUAUUCGAAAUUCAAACGAUGCCGUUUCAAUGUCUCGAGCAGUAAUAUUUCAUUUCACACGCCUACCUAUCCUACUUAUUGGUUACCCGUGUAAUGUUGUUGGUAUGAUAGUAAGGAGAUAUUAUUGUAAAGGAGAAGAGUGUACCCACAUAAUAAUGCCGUGUGUGCCCAGUAAAAUUAUGUUCUAAGACUAUAAUAAUAAUAUUACAACAAUUAAAUUUUUCAAAUUUCCGACUGUUAGGAAUGGUGAAAUUCGUUAUCGAUUUCAGUUGAAUUUUACCAGCUAAAUUUUUUUAAAUUUCUUUGAAUCUUUUUAUUUGAAAUACUUAUGCAUUUAUUGGUUAUUAAAUGUGUGCUUUGUAAAAGAGUAUCCAUUCAAAAUAGAUGUUUAGAUAAGUAUUUAAUUUAAAACAUAAAAUACUUUUACCAUUAAUUAAUGCCUAUACUUCUAUUAUAUUCAAAAAUAUUACUAAAAGCUUUAAACUUUUUAACCUAACUUCUAAAUUAUACUGUACACUAUGUACGCCAGUAUGAUAAGAUAUUUCUUGAUAAUUGGUAAAAUAAUUUCAUUGUAUUUUGUAUAAAAAGAAUUAUAAAUAAAAAAAGAGGAUUUCCUUAAUAUAAUGAUUUUUUUUUUUGCCAUGAAACUAUAAGGAAGCCAUAGGCAUUUAAAAUUGUUUGUCAUAAUAUUGUAAAAACAACAAUUAGUUUUAAAACAAAAAAAAUAUACUUUAAAUUAUUUUUAAAUGUACAAUUUUUUAUUUAAUUAAUUUUUUUUUUUUAUUUAUAAUUUAGCAAUGGAAUUUUUGAAGAAAGUCAGUAUUUAAACUUUGCAUUUCAUAUAGGUACCUAUGUUUAAUGUUUAUUUUAAUGUUUAUAUAGUUUUUGGAUUUAAAAUGUUUAAAAACCAAUAUAUUUAUUAGGUAAAUAAUUAAUGGUGGUUAGUUUUAUGUUUAAUUGUGAUAAAUUAAGUAUUUCAGAUUGCUGUUCAAAUUCUUCAUUUCUCUGUCAGAUUAAAUAUGUUGAAGGUUACCAAUCUAGUAUGCUCUUUAUUUGUGCAAAAGUAUUUUUAUUUUUAGUGAAAAGUAGGUAUUACCUGCAAUGCUACUAUUGAGUUGAAUACUGUAGGUAUUAUGCCCGCUAUAAUAUAAACAUAUAUUAUUAAAAUACCACAAAUGAUAAUAUUAUUAAAUGGUGUAUAAAGUAAAGCAUAAAGUAUAUACAAUUAAAAUAAUAUUAGUUAUGUAUAAACAAGAUAAUAUAUUUUUGUGUAAACAGUCGGGGUUUUGAACAAAUAUUAUAAUUUUUAUAGUAUAUUGUUGAGUUUUUUCUAACUGCCAUUUUUAUUCAACCAUCAAUUUAGAUAAUAAUAAUAAAAAAUAAACUCGAGUGCAUUUAUUGAGAUUAAAAAGGUUAGUAGUUUUAACAAGGUGUUAAUCAAAGGACAAUCAAGCGGAUGGACUGGUUAAAUAGUUGUGAUCCCCUUAAUAGAAUGUCCGGUCUAUCACAAUUGUCAUUUUAAAUAUGUGUAAUUGAUCUUUAUAAGCCAUUCAACUUGUCCAUAUGUUAUAAAAUAUUAAUAUUAAGUACACAAUUUAUUAAAUAUUUAUCAAACAAAUAGGUAUCUAAUAAGUUAUAAUUAGAAUUUAUUUUCUCAGUCAUAUCUAUGUGUGUGUCAACAAUGGUUUAAGAUAACAUUUGAGAACAUAAAAACUAUGAUUUAUAAUAUUAUCUAUAUAGUAUUAUAAUAGGUAUAUGUAUUAUGUUUACAGGUUGUUAAAUCUGUAGCAGCCUUUGGUUUCAUGGAUUUGUCGUUAGACAGCAGUGAAUUUUGCCAGGCACAACACAACAAAUUGGAUGUGAAUGCAUAUUAA